CCACCCACCACCCCCACUCGCAGGCUACCCGAUGAAAUCUAUCGAGUGCAAACCGCAGCAGCUGACCGCCAUCGGUAACCGACUGCUCGAUUGGUUCUCGGUCAUCAUGGCCGACAGCAAGAAGCGCCGCCAGCACCAGCAGCAGAAGAACAAGGUUCACUUCCCGGCCGCGUGCAAGCUGGAGGCCCGCUGGAUGUUCGGCCAUCUGGAUCUGAACAACGACGGCGAGCUUUCGUCGCAGGAGCUGUACGACUUGGAACACGACCAGAACGAGCGCUGCAUCAAACCGUUCAUCGACACGUGCGACCUGGACCAGGACAAUACGAUCGAUCCGCGAGAGUGGUGCCGCUGCUUCGAGAAGACCGACCGGCCGUGUGCCGCCGUCCGAAGGCGUCUGGGAACUGAUUUGAAUGGAUCAGGAUAUGCACCGGAUUGCGACAGUCAAGGAUUCUACAAGCCGACGCAGUGCCACCAGGCUGUUGGGGUGUGCUGGUGCGUGGAUGAGCAUGGUGUUGAGUUUGCUAAUACACGCACACGCGGAAAGCCCAAUUGCGACGAGAUAAUCAACAACGCGAACACGCUCAACACCGACGACGAGGACGCCGAGGAUUCCGAAGAUGACGAUGACAGCCAGGAAGGCAGCGCCGAUCGACUGUUGGUUUUCUAAGGCGAACAAAGCCAGCCAGCCGCCAGCCACAGCAGCAGCAUUUCCCUUCUGCCGAAAAACCGAAACAGAAGAAAAAGUUUUUAGUUCCAUCAUCCUUCCUCCCGUGGGGGGGCUUCCGGCUUUUCAUUUUCUUUUUGGAUCAGACAGUUCUCGGUAUACAAGGAGUUUGCCUUUUUUCUUGGUUGGUUUGGAAUAACCGUUGAUUUUGGUGGAUGCUGUUUUGUCAUAAUUGAACGCUGCAGCAAUUUCAUCGUUUGUUCAAAACUUGUUGAUUGAUAUGUUUUUGUACGGAAAACUUUUUCGUGCCCUACAUUCCCAUAUACUGUUUUGUUCCUCUGAAAUGGAUGAGAUUUAUCUUUUUUUCUCUUGUGAUUUCCGUAUGGAAGCGGAUCUGAAGCGUGAACACUCGAAAAUUAGAAAAGCAAACACUAAAACAUCCCCGUCCUUUAUUAGCGUCGUGAGUCUUAACUGUUAUUAAGUUUGAACUUUUGGAUAAAACUGAUUGUGGAACACUUAAUUAGUAGACGAAAAGUUAUCUAAGGAAAAUUGUCGUCCGUAUGGUUGGAGGAAGAAUUCAGAUUAAGUUUGUCAAUCAAGAAAUAAUACCUCUGAACGGUGCUUAGUAGGCUUUUGCGUAGACAAGAUGUAGGAACUAACCCAUGAUUUUCAUCGAGGUAGCCCUGAAAUUCUUGAAAAGUUCGAAGCCUUCUAUAGCACGCUUUGAUGAAAGAUUCCAUGCUAGCUAGGAUUUAAUUUUCAGGAGUUUGGCGUUUCGUUGUUGUUCACAAUUUAAAAUUGUAAUUACUAGCUUAUUUGAAGAAAAAAAAACUGACAAAGUUUUGCGUAAAAUCACAGAAGAAGUUCCUAAGAAUUUUCUGGAAAAUUUCAUUCAUUAACCACGUAGACUUUUUGGAGGGAAGAAGGGGUUAUGGCCAUAGUCCACGUUCCACACAUAACAAGGAGGAGAAGGUCUAAGAUUAUUAUUUUUUUUUAUCUACGGUCCUAAAAAAAUCUAAAAUAAAAAGAAGUGACCCAUAUAGCUCUGCCUGCCCAGCUAUCAAGUAAAACUAUGCUAAGGGUAUCUAGGUUCGAUUCUCGAUGUGGUCCACAGUCUUUGUCAACUGAAUUAGCAAAAUCUAAUGUCGUUUUCGUUUUUGAUUCAGUUCCAACCUGGGUU